UCAUGAAAAAUACUCAAGAUAAAGAUAUAGGUCUUAAUGUAGUGUAUUUAAUACAAUAACAUAAGUAAUUAUUUAAAAAUAAAUAUGUAGUUUAUCAGCAGACAGAAAGAAAGUGACCCUUGAUUAAUUCCAUCUUUUAAGUGUCAUAGGAAAAGGGUCAAUAGGAAAGGUUGUAUUAGUAAGAAAGAAAGACAAUUAAAAAACAUAUGCUCUUAAAGUGAUCAAAAAAACCUAAUUGAUUGAAAAUCAUUAGGUGAAGUAAAUCUAUGCUGAAAGAAAUAUUCUGGUAUAAAUAAUAGAAUUAAUUAUUUUAGUAAAACUGCCAUCAUCCAUUCAUUAUAAAAUUAGAAUAUGCAUUCUAAAAUGAAUCUAAAUUAUACUUCUGCUUACAAUAUUGUCCAGGAGGGGAACUAUACAAUUUAUUAGUUUAAAAAAGCAAAUUAACUGAAGAACAGUAUAUAUGAUAUUGAUAACUAUAGAGCUAAGUUCUAUGCAUCCUAAAUUGUCCUGGCCUUUCAAUACUUGCAUGAAUAAGAUAUAAUUUAUAGAGAGUAUAUUUAACUAUUUAAAUUAGUUUAAAGCCAGAGAAUGUGUUGAUUGAUUCAGAAGGUUAUAUUAAGUUAACUGACUUUGGAUUCUCAAAAUAAGGAAUUUAAGGCAAUUUUGGAGCACAUUCAAAAUGUGGAACAGCUGAAUAUUUGGCACCAGAAUUAUUAGCAGGUAAUCAUGGUAAAGCAGCAGAUUGGUGGACAUUUGGAACUCUAAUAUAUGAAAUGGUUAUUGGUUAACCAGCAUUUUUUGCAGAAACCAAAGAAGAAUUAUUCAAUUAAAUUCUUCAUUAAGAAAUAAAUUACAAAAAAAUAGGUGUUUCAUCUCAAUUAAAAGAUUUAUUAUCAAAAUUAUUGUAAAAAGAUCCAAAUUCUAGAAUUAGUUCAGCCAAUGAAGUAAAAAAUUUUUUAUAAUUUAAAAUUAGAUUAAAAAGCAUCCUUGGUUUAAAAAUGUUGAUUGGGACAUGGUUUUAUAAAAAUAAAUACCUCCUGUAUUUUUACCUCAAUUAAACAGUGAUGAUGAUGUUUAAUAUUUUGAUGAUGUAUUAUAAUUCCCCUUAAAAUUUAGUGUUUCCUCAAAGAACCUAUUUUUUCUUAAACAAAUUCAUUAUCUACAGAAGAAUAAAUGAAUAGUCCAUAUUAAGGAUUUUCUUACUCUGCAUCACCAAAGCAAAAAGAAGAAUAAUGGGAAUUUUGA